AGGAGCCGGUCCUCCGUGUCGAGCUUCGGAUGUGCUCCUGAGGGAGAGAUUUGCAAAUUAACGCACUUGCGCUGUCCUGUUUUUGCAUUGGCAUUUUGCAAAAGAAAACUAUAUUAAUUUUCCUGUGUGAGGAAAACUUAUUUUGCAGUUUUUCUUUAAAGGGGGAGGUUGAAUUGCAUUGUAAAAGCAGGCCGAAUGUUUAGGAAUGGCUGAAGAGAACAACGAGGGUCACCAACCCAAACCCAGUAGUAAAAUAAAGAAGGCUGCAGUCGCUGAAGAAGGGGAAGAAGAGGAGGAGGAGGAAGAGGAAGAAGAGGAAGGGGAGCUGAGCUUGGGCAAAGCCAUGCAGCAGUGCGAGCUCAACCAGGACAUGAUCGACAUCAGCAUCUCCAGUCUAGAGGGGCUCAGGACCAAAUGCGCUGCGUCCAACGAUUUGACGCAACAGGAGAUCCGCAUGCUGGAGGUGAAACUUGUCAAAUACAUCAGUAAGCAGUUACAGUGCAAGCGCAAGGUACCACCUGGUGAGAGAACCUCUGAACUGGAGAGCUAUCCUCGACUAAGUGACUGGUUCCAUACAAUUAAUUUAAGAAAAGAAAUAUUACAGGAGAUCCCAGGUAACCUAACACUAGAUAUCUUGCUGAGUAUGUCGGAUACUAAAGUCUGUGAAGCCAUGAAGAGAUAUGGAGCCAACCCCGAGGAAUGUUGCCGAUUGAAUGCUGCCCUCUCCUGCUUAAGGAGCAUAAAUGAUUCUGGUGGGGAGUUGCAAGAUGAUGCUGUUCUUUGGACUUCAACUGAAACAAGACGAGAAAGCAACCCUCUACCACCUCCAGAGUUGAUAUGUUCUGUUGGCUCCAGACAGCCACACAGUCCUUCGCCUGUUCCCAGACUAAUUAAUCCGCAGCCACGUUCAGUCUCUGUUUCUGUUAUUCCUACUUCGGAUUAUGUGUAUUUGCCAAAUCGGUCAGAUAACUUAGUGGACCCCUUUUCACAGUCCCCUCAACCAGGUCGACGAAUGUCAGGAGGUCAAACCAUUACAACUACACCACCGGCCACUCCUCCAGCAAAGAAGAAAAAUCGAUUUAAACCACCACGAACUCCUCCACCACCUUCACGGAAACUCAUCCAGCUUUUUCCUGGUUUCUCAGGACUUACCAGAAGUAAAUCUCAUGAAUCUCAACUGGGCAAUAGAAUAGAUGAGGUACCAACAAUUAAGUUCGGUAAGAAAAACAAGUUUUUUCUCAAUCUGAGCAUCAAUGGCAGUGGCACCAGCUGUGAUGAUAUCGUGACCCGAUCCCCCUUAUUACCAUGUAGGCCUUUCUUUUCUCCAUCUAUCGGAAGUUCUCACUGUCUUCCCUCAACACCUUGUGCAUCUGAUGACCACAGUUCCCCUAAAAAUUCGUUACAUGUACCACGGGGAUCCCCUCAGAUGCAACACAGGGAUUUUGGGCUUUCCAUUACACAUAGGUUUUCAACAAAAUCCUGGCUCUCGCAGACAUGUCAAGUUUGUCAAAAAAAUAUGAUGUUUGGCGUGAAGUGCAAACACUGUAGAUUAAAGUGCCACAACAAAUGCACGAAAGAAGCUCCUCCGUGCCGGAUAUCAUUUCCCCAAAUUACGAAAAUACGAAGAACUGAGUCUGUACCAUCUGAUAUAAACAAUUCUGUGGACAGGCCUGGGGAGCCUCAGUUUGCUACUCUUCCAAAGGCACCACAUAAAAAGGAUCAUGCACCAGUGCCUUUAGAUUCCAGCAGCAAUCCCUCUUCAACAACCUCUUCAACUCCAUCUUCUCCAGCACCUUUUCAGUCUUCCAAUCCUCCCAGUGCAACUCCGCCCUCAAAUCCUUCACCGAAAGGCCAUAGAGAUAGAUUCAAAUUUCCAGCUGCGUACUACUUUCAUCAUAGACAACAGUUUAUCUUCCCAGAUGUUCCUAGCCCUUCGUUGCAUGUCACUUCACAGCCUGACAGCUCUGAAGACACUAAUACUGUAGAGGAAACUGAACCGGAAGCUGUUGAAGAUCUAGAUGCAGAGAAUGAAGAUCGAGCACUUGAAGAUGAGGAGGCUAAUAAGUCAGAAUUGGAGUACGAGACUGAUGAGGUGGAUGAUUUGCCAAGUUCUAGGCCCUAUUGGAAAGGGCCAAUUUUUCGGAAGGCCAGUCAGACAAGUGUGUUCUUACAAGAAUGGGACAUCCCUUUUGAUGAAUUGGAAGUUGGAGACUUGAUUGGCCAAGGGAGAUGGGGCAAAGUUCACAGAGGACGCUGGCAUGGAGAAGUCGCAAUUAGGUUGUUAGAGAUUGAUGGAAAUAAUCAGGAUCACCUAAAAUUGUUCAAAAAAGAAGUGAUGACUUAUCGUCAAACAAGGCAUGAAAAUGUGGUACUUUUCAUGGGAGCUUGUAUGCACCCCCCUCAUUUAGCCAUUAUUACAAGUUUCUGUAAAGGACGAACACUCUUCUCAUUUGUAAGAGAUUCCAAAACCACAUUGGAUAUUAACAAGACAAGGCUAAUUGCACAGGAAAUUAUAAAAGGGAUGGGAUACCUUCAUGCAAGGGGGAUUGUGCAUAAGGAUUUGAAAUCAAAGAAUAUCUUUUAUGACAAUGGAAAAGUUGUUAUCACAGACUUUGGGCUCUUUGGUAUAUCUGGUGUGGUGCAAGAGGACAGAAGAGAAAAUGAGUUGAAGCUGCCAAAUGGAUGGUUGUGCUAUGUAGCUCCUGAAAUAGUCCAAGAAAUAUAUCCAGGCAAGGAUGAAGAUAAGCUCCCAUUUUCAAAGGCAGGAGAUGUAUAUGCAUUUGGGACUAUUUGGUAUGAACUUCAAGCAAGGGAUUGGCCAUUCAAGAAUCAACCUGUAGAGGCAAUAAUCUGGCAAGUUGGCAGUGGGAAAGGAGUCCACAAUCUUUUGGCUCAGAUUUCCUUUGGAAAAGAGAUAACGGAAAUUCUCUCUGCAUGUUGGUCUUAUUGUCAGAGUGAAAGACCAACUUUUUCUCAGCUGAUGGACAUGCUUGAAAAACUGCCAAAGCUGAACAGGCGACUUUCUCACCCAGGGCACUUCUGGAAAUCUGCAGAGUUGUCAUUCUGAAAAAAAGAGACCGCAUCAAGUAGUUGUAGCUGUUGGUGCAAAAUCCGGGUCUGCCUUGCAUGCAUCCAAAUUCUCUCCCCUGUGAUGCAACAACUUUGGCAAUCAUUUCCAUCGUUAAAUUAUCCAAAAGUAACCUUCAGAGGCAAACUAAUAAUUAGCCCUAACCUUCCCAAGCACUUUUGCCUCUCUGAUUUUCUUUCUCUGGGCUAAUGGCUUCAAAGAUAACCUUGUUUGCAGAAAACCACCGUACUAAUACUUGGUUACUUGGACAAAAAAAAUCUGGCACUGAACUGGGUCUACUUUUACCACUGACUAUACUAAUGCUACACAAAUGCUGAAGAAGUAUACAAAUUAUUUGCACUGCGCUGGUUUUGUACUUUCAAAGUUUUUAAUUGAUGAUUAGCCAUGGUACAACAUUUUAUUUGUAGCUUGACUGUGUUGUGGCUGUGUUUGGAUGCCUUUUUUUAGUACAGUCACUUUCCCUGCUAUGAUGAAAUUUGAAAUGGAUGUUAACCUGUUUAUUUCUCCUGUUCUCUUUCAGCAUUAAUAAUAGCUAAGAUCUUGCAAGGUUUGAAAGACUUGACCUGGGAAUUCUGGAACAGCAAAGCAAUCAAAAGCUUUAAUAUUGUUAUUCACUUUAUUUCAUGGGCUGUGUGGCAGUGAUAUUAUUUAAAAUUCCUCAAGUUCAAUUUUUUUGAAGUUUCACUUUUUUGCACAGCAGCUGAGUUGACUAGUGAAAGAAGAAAGGAAAGGGCCGCUGAGUAUCAAAAGAGUAGAGAUUUAAUUAUUAGUCUCCUAUAUAUAAAAUGUGCAUUAAAAGUACAUGCCUUGAUAUAAUUGGCAGCAAAGAGAUACCUUUCACUUUUGGAGAUUUUGCAGUAUCAGUGUUCAUUCAGAUGUCACUAAAAACCCUGUAUGGGCCACAGAGAAAUAAUUGAAUCAAAGAAUAGAAACUUGCUUCAUGAUGAGUGAAGAAUUUUACUGGCUGGUUAUACUGUGCUGCUGACUAUGAUAAGUAGGGAAGGCUGGUUAUGAACAGUUUGGAUGGAAUUUUUGUCAGUGGGUCCAGAUGUCUUUGUCCUGUAGAAUUGAAAAGGAAAUGAGAAAAUUCUCAAUUAAAUCCAUUAUUAGAAUGUGAGGCAGAAAGUACUGUAGAUAGAAAGUAAAAGUUAACAACACCUAUUAUGUUUAUGCACAUGGGAUCAAAAUUAAGGUGAAAGACAUAAGAACAAGGGAUGCAGGAGAUCCAUCCAUUUUCUUGCAACAUUUGAGAGAUGUGGAUGUUAAUGCAAAUUGAAAAAGCUGCCAAUACUGGAAAUCUGGAAUAAAACAAAAAAUCUUAGCCACGCUCAGUAGGUCAAGCAGCAUCUGUGGGAAGAGAAUCAGAGUUAAUGUUUCAGGUCAAAGACCCUUUUAUCAGAAAUGGGAAAGAAAGAUAAAAAGAUGGUUUUAAGUAAAUGCAUAUUCAUUAACAAAAAUGUGCUUGUGGUACUUUCUACACACAGAUGGCAGUGUUUGAUGUAUCAGUAUGUAGAAAGUUGCACAAAAACUUCCUGUAUGAAUAGCACAGUGAAGAUGUACUAGAAAUGCUUUUUGUUAGCAUUUUAUCCAUUAUUUUAAUUACGUACAAAAUUAAAAUCUGACCCAACUAUGGCCAGUGUGAACUUGACUAGAGUCUGAAAGUGUAAAUCUUUCGGGUACCUGACCUAACCUGAACCCAGAAUGUUUAAUCAGGUUCAGUCAGAAGCCAGGUUCUAAUGACUGGUGUUUCAUUACUGAUCAGUUGUUGAAUAACCUUGACCGUUGUUAUGUGUAAGCUAUGUUGUCAAAAGAUGAAGCAUUAUUUUGAUGCAGUCUAUUUAGUUAAACCUUUUUAGUUAAUAAAUGUUUCUUUUUUAAAAAAAACUGUACAUUUUUAGUAAGAUCACCAAAUGUUAGUGUAUUAUCUUCAGUUAUUACAAGAAAUGAAGAGAGUGCAUGAAAGGCAGCCUGCUUAGACCCACUUUCUCCUUUGAUACAAACUGCAGUAAGAAAAUGAAUUUUGUUUUCCAUAUUUUUAAUUUGUGAUCUUUUUGAACUAUUUAUGCUUAUCCAGUUACUGAAGGAAAAUUCCUCCAGUUACAAAAGAAAAGUUCCUGCUUUUUUUUGUGUUCAGGUUCCUGAAAAGACACUUCCUCCAUUUCAGUUCUCUUUCCUCACCACUUACACUUGAGGGGAAAGAGGGGCUGAGAAAUCCCUUGUGUGACUUUGUAUAUUAUCUUGUGUGUACAUUCCAUAUGGCAAUACACACAGUUGGAUAAUACACACAAGCACAAGGUUUCAUGAAUUCUGAGCCCUUGAUUAGGAGCUGACGACUACUCUGUAAAUAGAACCUUGUUCUAUGAGUGUUUACAUAAAACUAAAUUCUUGGUAAUGUGAAACAGACAAUUGUUUAAAUAUCUUUCAAAAACUUUGAACAACAAAGAAGUGGUAAUUAGAAAAGAGACCUCUAUUUUAAGCUACUAAUUUGCCAUGAAGACCACAGAUUCUGAUAUUUAAUUUCUCUCAUGUUUGCAUGAACUCUUUGAUUAGGAUUUGCAUUGAAAAGUGUGUGUAACUGAGAUAAUUAAUGUUUCUUAAUAAUUCAGAUUUUGUAUAACUAAUGGUAUCCUUACCCUAUCUGUGAGAUCUGGAUCAAAUAUCUGAAACUUUGGUUGAUGCUCCCAACCACUCUGUAAAUGUCGCCUUUUUAAACUUUGCAAUUCAAUUUACAUAACAUGCUCAUGAUAUAUUGCAAUUCCAUAUGUCUAACUAUCUGUAGACAAGGGUGAAUAACUGGCAAGAUGCAAUUUCCCAUAUUAAAAAAAGAUUCAAGUAACUGAAUUAAAUCAAACUCUUACUUAUACAAAUAAUGAAAUUAUUGCAAGACAUGUUAAGCAUUACUCUUAUAAUCCUGCAGCUCUGCAUUUUAUUAUUAUUUCAGUUUAAAAGACAAAGAUUUUCAACUAGGAUUAAGCAUUGUCAACUGUGGCAAUAUACAUCAUUAAUCAAGUUUCAGCCUAAAUUGAGAUUUCAUCCUCAUUUGUUGAGUCUUCCAAAGCUUGUAAGAACCUUCUAAAACGCACAGUAGGGUUUCUUUCCCCCUCCCCCACCUCUAUUUUUAAAUGAAAAAGCCUUCGGUGUUGGGAAUGUAAUGCCAGUAUAGAUCGCCAAGAAAUCUGUUCCUUUCUCCUGAUGGGGACCAUGUAUAACACAGAAAUCAGACAGCUAGAAGUGUAAAAUAUAUGAAUGAUUCCUGUGAAUGUUGUAGAGUUAUAACUGUUUGGCAAGUCCAUUCAGUUCUGGUGAAUUGAGAAACUGUAGGUUGAGAGUUGGUAUGAGAAAAUUGAGAGUAUUGUUGAAGAAAGGAAAAUAGUGGAAGGAGGUUUUGUGAGAAACUUAAGUUGAGCAGCUUGAGAGAAGUAGUAAAACCAGUGGGACUUUGAGUAUUUGGAUAUUGGGCAUGGUAUCAAAAGCAAUGCAACUUUCAAAUGCAGAGCUUAAUUGUAAUUCAGUGGUUUAUAGUUAGGUUGGAUAAAGCAUCUUUCUUCAUCUUGGAGUUCUGUUUGUGACUACGUAAUUAUAGUUCCUCCUGUAGCUCCCAGUUCUAGCAUGGUGUAAUUUCAAUUGAUUGGAUUCUGUAUUCCUAGAACAAAGGAUGCAGGAUUAUUAAAGAGCAGCUUUUAGAUAAUUAGACCAUUGUCAGAUACUUACAUUUUCCAUUUCCCUCUCAGGCACGAUGUAAACUGAAUUUAGAAAUAGCCAUAAACAUACCUGUGUUGUAUUCAUUCCCACAAUUAGCAUUUGAUUCAAAUUAAUUUUAAUGUUAUUUCAUUCAUCUCUGGGUGCCAUCCUUUUGCACGUAUUAAUUCUUCAUAUUAGCCUAAGACUCACUUGUUAUAUCCUUAUUAUCCACUCAUUUGAAUGAAAUAUUUAGUGAUUUUUUUUUUAAGGUGUUAACCACUUUUCUUGGUAAACUUGAUAUUGCCUCAAAGACUGGAAGGUUCAAGCCCCAAAACAUAUGUACUACAGCAAAAAUGUUGUGCUGUUGAAAGAACUGAGGUUGAGAUGUUUAACCAAGGCUCCUAGUGGAUCUAACCAGCACCCAUUCUAAAUGUUACUGGAGCACAUUACCUGCUUAUUUUCCCUUUUACUGUAUAAAUUGGCUUGCCAUAUUUCCUUGCAUUAUGCCAUGAAACAGGCUUAAAAAUACUAAUGGCUGUGAAGAAGUUCAGAAUGUUCCAAGUAUGAGAAAAAUGCUAACUAAAUAACAAAUCAUUUAAUUAAAAUAUUUUCCCCUCUCCACUUACCCUAGUUUCAAUUUUGUAAGCUAUUCCCUGUGCUACCAAGUCUUUGCAAAUGCUUUCAAUGGUAACUUGGGUUGAAGCAACAUUUAAGCAGUCUCCUACUCUUCCCCUUACCCACUCUUUCUUCAUCUAACUGGAAACUUAACACAUCAACAAUUGCAGUGUGGAGCUGACGCCUUCCCACUUCAGGUGCACAGCCUCCCUAAAUUGUACGUUAAGUAUAAAAUGGGAUGGCAGCAUCUGAAAGAAAAUCAGUAGGUUUGACCUUCGAUCAAACUUAUCCUAGAGUAAUGAGCUGGUGUUUUCUCAACAUUGAUUCAGUCAUUGUCCAACUCCAGCAUUUGAUUUUCUUAAUUACAAAUCUUAAAAAUGAGUAUUUUCUUAACGUGCGGGUAACAUUAAUUUUAACAUGCAUGCUACUUUGAGGUCUAAAAUAAAUGAUCCUGUGCAACAAUAACUUGAGGUUUUAAGGAAAAGGAGCAAAAUUGGAAUUGUAAGUAUGUUUAUAACUUGUACUGAAUUUUAUGCCUUGAAUGAGCUUUUCAUAAACGACAUGUUUACUUCUGUGAUUCAGAGAUUUUCUCAGUUACACACACAGGGUGUGUUUGUUUUGUUUUGUAACAGUUGUGGAUGAUUCCUUCAGACUUUUGUCUUGCACCUGAGACUGAAUGUAAUGCAAGUGUGUUACAGUGGCACCGAAGUGUAUUGAAGCAGAGUAGCAUGGUAAACCUGCUGGUUUCAGUGCAAUCUUGAACAUGUGUUACGAAUGUAAAUUACAUUUUAUAUUGACUUCUGAAGCUAGGUGUAGCAUUUCGGUACUUCAAAACUUCUGUACAUGGAUUCUCUGCUUUUUUUUUAAAGAGAAGUUCAGUAAUUUAUUGGUGGCUUAAACUUUAAGGAUAGGGUGUUUUAGUGUUGGAUGUUUGCACCUUGUGCACAGGUGCUGUUUAAUUAUAAUGCUUCCAUUGAAAAAUACUCUGUGAUAGUGGAAGACACCAUUCUGUAUUCUGCAAUAAGUGGUGCCUCUUUUUUUUAGUUUUAUAAGGUGGUUCUGCAAGGGGGUGGAUAGAACAUAAAUUUUCACUCCAAAAAAUAAAUUAAAAUGUGAAAAAUGGCUGUGCUGAUUGUAGAAUAUUACGGCGGUAGUUGAAAUGCAAUACUAUAUGUAAAUGGUGGCUAGUAAAAGAACUCUUUUGUGUAAGCGACUUAAUUAGAUUUGAAUGUGAUGUAAAUUUGUACAUAAAAUUAUAUUUUCUAUAAACUGGGUUUGUCUUCCAGGAAACUGUAAUUUAUGAAAAUCUGUUAGUAUUAACCAAGGUCUAUGUUUAGUUAUGCAACUCAAGAAUCUUGGUAUGCUGGAUGAAUUCUGUAUCAGAUAUGUAGGUUUUUGUGCAGACAAUGUUGUCUUAAUGCUCAUAAUAAAAAUUUCC